AAUUUUCAAUGGCUGAUCUUCACCAUGAAACCCCUCCUUUGAUCAUCUCCAAGAUUGCUGUCAUCGGAGCUGGUGUUAGUGGCAUCGCAGCUGCUAAACAGCUAUCUCACCACAACCCGGUCGUUUUCGAGGCAUCGGAUUCGAUAGGCGGGGUGUGGAAAUCCUGUGCUUAUAACUCUACUAAACUACAAUCUGCUCGUAAGGAUUACGAGUUCUCGGAUUUCCCAUGGCCUAACAGAGAAGAUCCAAGUUUCCCUACUCAUGUUGAGAUUGUGGAUUACUUGGAGUCAUAUGCUAAACACUUUGAUGUUUUGAAGUUCGUCGAGUUCAAUUCAAAGGUGAUGGAGCUCCGGUUUGUCGGUCACCGUGAAUCAGUGGACCUUGCUGCAAAUGCUGGGGGAUACGUUAGUCCAUUGCCAGGCCACCCGGUUUGGCAGAUUGCAGUGAAAAGGAAUAAUUCCGAAAACCUUCAGUGGUAUGCGUUUGAGUUUGUGGUUGUUUGCAUUGGAAAAUAUGGGGAUAUACCCAGAAUCCCAAAUUUCCCAAACAACAAAGGACCUGAAGUGUUCCAAGGAAAGGUCCUUCAUUCCCUUGAUUACUGCAAGCUGGACAAGGAUGCUGCUACUCAACUGCUCAAAGGGAAAAAAGUUGCAGUCAUUGGCUACAAAAAAUCAGCCAUUGAUCUUGCCGUAGAGUGUGCAGAAGCAAACCAAGGGCCAGAAGGGCAGCCAUGCACCAUGGUGGUAAGGACACUUCACUGGACUGUUCCACAUUAUUGGGUGUGGGGUUUGCCUUUCUUCUUGUUCUACUCAACAAGAUCUUCUCAAUUCCUCCAUGAAAGGCCUAACCAAGGCAUUCUCAGGACCCUUCUCUGCUAUCUCUUAUCUCCCAUGAGGCGAGGGGUUUCGAAGUUCGUCGAAUCCUACUUGCUCUGGAAACUUCCAUUACAGAAGUAUGGGUUGAAACCAGGCCACCCAUUUGAAGAAGACUAUGCUUCAUGUCAGAUGGCCAUCAUGCCUGCAAAUUUCUUCACUGAGGCUGAUAAGGGAAACAUUGUUUUCAAAAAAUCAUCGAAUUGGUGGUUCUGGAAAGAAGGGAUUGAGUUCGAUGACAAAACUAAAAUGAAGGCCGAUGUUGUGAUUCUCGCGACUGGUUAUGAUGGGAAGAAGAAACUCAAAACUAUUUUACCAGACCCUUUCCGUAGUUUAAUAGAAUAUCAUCCUUCUGGAAUCAUUCCCCUUUAUAGGGGCACAAUCCACCCAUUGAUACCGAACAUGGCUUUUGUGGGUUAUAUUGAAAGUGUUGCGAACCUUCACACCUCGGAGCUUCGUAGCAUGUGGCUAGCUCGAUACGUGGAUGAGAAGUUUAAGCUCCCGAUUGUGGAAAACAUGCUGGAACAGAUAUAUAAGGAAAUGGAGGUGUCGAGGAGGACAACCAGGUUCUACAAGAGGCACUGCAUUUCGACGUUUAGCAUCAAUCACAGUGAUGAAAUCUGUGAAGAAAUGGGAUGGAAUUCUUGGAGGAAGAGUAGCUGGUUUGCAGAAGCAUUUAGCCCUUAUGGCAGUCAGGAUUAUAGUCACCAAAACUAAAAUGAUCACAGUCACUUCUUUAUCUUUAUUAAAGUGCAUCUCAGAAAAGAAUCAGCUGAUGCCGAAAAGGAAAAUAAUAAAUGUUGGUAAGUGAAGCAGAACUAAUCAUCAAUUCAUCAUAGAGUCAA